AGUUCGUGUUAGUGACGUCAAUGCGUGCCCUCCCCGAUCUCGAUCGUGUGGCUGCUGCUCGUGUCGCUCGUGUAACCUGACGAAAAACGCGACGUUUGUGUGGCUCUUGCAAAAAUGUGAUCUCCGUGCAGUCCGGGACAGGAAAAGAGAAAACGAAAUACGGUUCGGUUGGUGCGGUUAUGAGCGGAGUGUGUGAAUCAAAUCGAAUGAAAAUAAAAAAGCUCCGCUCGAGGACAAUAAUUGAAAGCUCUAGUGACGCGAGGAAAAAACAUUUUUUUCAUCUUCGGGGUUUUUCUUUUUCUUUUUCUUCGCAAGAAUCGAAAGUCCUAUCCUAUAUACACGCCGCGAUAGUUCCGAGAAAAGGCGUUGCACGAGGUUGGCGACACUGUCGAUUGAUCGCGCAGAAGGGAUAGAAGAGCAGCGCGAACGCGCGCACACGUACAUUUUACCCAGAAAAAUGUACAGUAUCGUUCUCAAACACACGGACACACGUUAAUUCCUCCACCCCCUCCUUACAUCCACCCACUUGAGUGUAUUCGUGGCCUGCCCGUGCGUGUUGUGUUUUGUGUUGUGCGUUACACCUCUCCCUCUUGUGGUAGUAUAUACGACGGAGAGUAGCAAAUGUAAACACAAGUUUUUCUACUAAAUAACCAAGUGACACGGACGAAUUUACGCGAUCUCAAGCUUCGCUGUUACAAAGAAACUUUACAAUCGUGCGUGUGGUUAUGGGUCCGUUUAAGUCUUUCUGUGUUAGUACCGAUAUUCGCUCGUGCAUGUCCGAACGGAACGAAGAAGAGUCUUCUAGGUUCGACGGGGCGGGAGGGGAGCUCUAAAAAUCCAUUUCGUCUUUCAUCUAUACGUAUAGAGCUACACAUCCGUCUAUACACGUAGACGUUCGUAUGCGUUAAAACUCGAGACUGUGAGUAAAAACGGGUUUCGUGCUCCGACCAUCGCACCGACCCAACAGUUUUCGUCUCUAUACCCAUACACACAAAGAUAUAUACGCACGCACGCGUUCUCCCUCAGUGUAUUGUGUACAGUAAAAUCUCGCGGUGCCAUAUAGUGUUUUUUCUCCUCUUGCGCACGUGUGUGUUCGUAAGUGCGUCGAACGGAGGAUAGAAUUCGGUGCACAAGUGCACUAAUGUGCCCAAGAUGAAGUGUUUUUUUUUCGUUAAAAUCGCAAGAGGUAAUGGGACGUCAUAAUGUUGUCGAACGAAGUGCGUCCGAGAAGGAAUCCAGGAGAGUUGGAUCGAAUUUCACAAUGGAAUCGUGGCUCGUUGUCGAAGCGAGUGGCGACAAGUAAAACGUCUGAAUCUCGUGUAAGGACGGCUCGAAAGUUGAGCGGAUCUAGAAUGGAGGAUCGAAGGGAUUGGCGGCCUAUCGACGAAGCGAAUGACACGUGCGAGGAGGACGAUACCGGGAACAUUUCGUCCAAGAGAAUAACGAACUCGGGUGCAACCGCGACUGAGAUAAUCGGCGAUGCUCGAAAAGAUUUUUCGGGCAAGGAGGAGAGCAGCGAAUACGCGAGAUGCGAAUGUGAACGUAUCGAAAAUGUCGAUCGUACCGCGAGCACGAAUAAUAAUCGUACGUGCAACCUUCGCGAAGGUUUGGCCGAGUGCCGUUGUGCCGACGAGUGUAAAAAUCGGCGCGGUGAUAAUGUGAGAUGGACGAGAUGGACCGGGAAGAAUAUAUUUCUCGAUAGAAGUUCGUGGCGCGCUUUAGUUUCGAUUGUUCUCGCUGUACUCUUAUCGGUGUCCGGGGCACACGGGGUACAAGAAAACCAAUGCGCCCCUGGGAUCGAUACACCUGGUGUAACUUGGCCACGAGGCGAUAUUGUUCUCGAGUAUGGCCAGCCUCUGAGGAUUCUCUGUAUGCUGAGUAUGGACUACACGAACGAAAAGUUCCCGGGUAAAAAUUCAUCGGACCUCGUAUUCACUCGUAAUAAGAAGGAACUCGAACCUGAGUUCAUAACUGUUCUCAAUGAGAGCACCAUCGCGUUGUACGUUGAAAAACCACCGCCUGCCGACGAUAUGUAUCACUGCAAAUUAAAACUCAACGAGACCGUAGACAUUGGUGUGUGCAUCAACAAAGUGGCUAUUGGCUUCAAACCUCAGGAGCCUCACAACUUCAGCUGCGUUUCACACAAUUGGGAAAACUUGAUAUGCAGCUGGGAUCCCGUUAAAAAUUACGUCACGACGAAAUACGAUUUGGUGUUCAAGUUACCGGGUCGGGCAGGAGGACGAAUGCUUUUUGGUUGUCCGAAGGAGCAUCAGGAGGAUUUGCCGCCUAAUACUUGCUUGUGGGACAAAAGAACAAAUCCCAUAUAUCGCCAGCCCUACGAGUACUACACUUUCUUCCUCAACGUUACUAAUUUUCUUGGCGUUUUGAGCAUUCCUUAUAAAUUCCAUCACUUCGCUCAUGUCAUCCCUGCAAGACCUGUGAACGUCUCCGUUGUCAAUAAAACCUUAAACAGUACGUUGCUGCAGUGGAGCGUUCCAUUCCCAUUGCAAAAUUUCCCUCCGGGUCUUCAUCACAGGAUUGCGUAUCAACACCAAUGGGACAAUCGAAAAACUUGGCGGGUGAUCAACAUAAUGGACGACAUUCAUGCGGUAAAACGUUACUACAAUCUCGUCGGAUUGGAGUACGCGAAUACGAAGUACGACGUUCGUGUCUUUAUAAAAAGUGCAAAGGCGACGGGGGAGGAUAAAUGGAGUCAAUUUAGUGACGUGACGUUUCGAACUCCAUCGCGACUGCCCGGUUUACCGCCACGUACCGACAUCGGUAGUUUCGAGAUUACCGAGAAUAAUGCAAACAGAGAUAUUUUUUUGUACUGGCAAUCUAUACCGGCAUAUUUGGAGAACGGAGAUAAUUUCAAGUAUCAGAUCUCACACGUCGAAGAGAACGGACGAAAGCUUCAUCUUUUGCCAAACGAAACAACUCGCACUUAUGCCAAGUUCAAGGGCAUUAGCUUCAACAGUUUUCGAUUCGAGAUUGUUACUACCAAUACUGUUGGAGCUAAUAAGGAGAAUGCCAAAAUAUUUGUACCGAGCAGGCUGGAAAUGCCGGCGGAGCCUCUCGCUUUCACAAAAAUCGCUUUCGACGGUGGUCUGUACGAAUUGUCUUGGAAACCACCAUUGACAAACGUUGAUGACAUAACGAAUUACACGAUAUUUUGGUGCGACAAUGAGCGUGAUCGACCCUGGCAAUGCACGGGUUAUCUCGAUUGGGUUCACGUGCCGAAGAGUACGACGUUGUACAACGUCACAGUGCCGGAUCCAACGAAAGUUUAUCAAUUCGCAAUAUCAGCGAAUACACCCCGAGCGAGUAGCGGAAUGGUUUGGGCCUCGUGCACCGUGAUCCACAACAGAGUCGUCGGCAAAAUGAAGUCCGUAUGGAUAAAUCGUAUUGGUUCAGAUUUCAUAGAGGUCGGUUGGAAACUCGAGUGUUCGGAUCGUGUAGGGGUCGUCGAGAGUUUCAAAAUAUAUUAUUGCCCAAUCGUAUCGCCGUACAAUUUGAAUUGCAAAGAGCCCAAAUUGAACACGACGAUACACGCGAACGAUGCACCCAUUCACGGUAUCGUAAGCGGCUUAAAACCGUACACGACUUACAUGUUGGCCGUGGCUGUCGUUACGAAAAAUGGCGAAGGACUUCACAGUGAUCCUCUUUACAACACGACUCUCGAGGCCGCUCCAAAAACACCGCCGCACAAUAUAAGAAUAAACAACGUUACGAAUACGAGUAUGCAAAUCUCGUGGGAUCCACCAGUUGCGAUGAACGGUGUAUUACGAUACUACGAAAUUCACUAUAACGACAAGUCAGAAAAAGUCGACGAGGAUAAUUACGUAAUUCUCAAAGACCUUUUGUCCCAUAAAAAUUACAGCAUUCGCGUUGCCGCGUGUACAGUUUCUUGCAGUAUACCUUCUUCCCCGAUUUACGCGAUGAGUAUGAUCGGAAAACCCGGUAAAAUUGCUAAACAACCGAAUGUCAAGUUCAUGAAUUCGAGCCAAGUUCUCGUUCGGUGGGACGAGCCUCAGAUUCGAGGAGGAUUUUUGGAUUAUUAUCAAAUUUGGUCGGCCGAUGGCGAAGUUCGAAACAGCACGAAAAACGAAGCUUAUUUACCAAUCGCGGAUUGUUUGACCGUCGGACGCGAAAGAAUGUAUCAUUUCCGCGUCCGUGCUGUGAACAUCGCCGUUGACGGUUCCCACAUGGAAGGACCCUGGUCUGACACUGGCGAAGGAACUUGUUACAGCGAUGGUCCAUCGUUCAGAGUAUGGAUAAUAAUCUGGGUGAUCGGCAUUCUGAGUGGGUUGGCAUUUCUUCUCUGUCUCAUAUACACGUCGAAAAGGAUGUGGCUCAAGUGUAAAGCGAUGCAAGACGUCGAAGUCAAAUUACCACCUGGCCUGACACCAAACAUGUCGUUCGCAUCGUUGCAGAAAUUGUUGCAGAAAGUUGGUGAGCAGCACAUCCGUCAGUCAUCGGUGGAUUCGAGCGGUUGUUCGAGCGGUCAAGAAUCGGUGACGUCCUCGUUGACAUCGGAUUCUCACGUCUCGAGUGACAGCGGUGCGGACGUUGAUCCUCGAGUGAAUCCACCGAGCGCAAAUAAGUUAUUGGAGACAGCACCGAGCUGGGAAUCGUCGAGUUUGCGCCAACGUAACGUCGGGACAUCGAGGCCUCUCGGGGCUAGCAACGAAUCGCCGCGUUGGGAUUCCUACGUAAAAGUUGCAAAAGGGGGUGAGCCGGUUCUCGACGAUACACUUUCGUUGGCGAGGUCAACGCCCAAUCUAACUGAUAGCACGGGGGGAUACACGGCUUCGCCACACGCAUGGUCCUCCACCGGAUACAUAAGCAUGCCAUCGUCGGAGGAACUUUCGAGCAAUCCGAGUCCCGUGCCGAAAGAAACAACGGGAAGUCAACCGGUCACUGGUGGUUACAGCGUCGUCGGAGUUGUUCCUAAACCGAUAUUACGUACGAAAAAUGACGAUCGUUCGAGUGACGUCACCGAUACGAUGAUUGUCAAACCGAUUGAUUCCAAAGGAGCAAUUCCUUACGUGAGUCUUGCUUCGCUCGAGCAAAGCACAAAAAGCAAAGCGACGAAACCUGGAGUUCGAGAUCUCGAUGAUCUCGACGAUCUUUCCUUCAUCGAGCCCGAUAAUCUUGAGCCGAUUACUGUAUUGGACAGCAGCGUGUCGAAACCGUACGUCCAAACGGGACUUUUGGACACGUUGAAAAAACCUCCGUUCAUCGGGUUACCGAACCAAGAUGCUUUGAAACAAACUGAUGGAGGAAUGAAGAAACCGUUCGUGUCUAGUUUCACGAACGUAAAAGACUCCAAGCUGAAGAAUCCGGAAAAAGUGUCGAAAGCUCCGGUAGGUGUUGGCUGGAUGCCCGAGUUAGUGACGAAUCCAUCAAGUUCGUCAGCGAUCGGUACACGAGGCACCGAUACUAGUAACACUCUCGGCGGCGCCGGAACCCCGAGUUCCAAACCGUACGUGACAGCCGCGGAUCUCCGGCUGCUCCAACAAUGCGAUAAUAAUAAAGAAUUGAUGUUGACUCGAGAUAUAGAUGAAACGGCCAAAAAGAAUUUGACACCAGGCUACUCGCUCUGGCAGAACGAUACGAUCACGGAAGAGACUGAAAGUGCAACAUUGGACAGCAACGUUGAAAAAUUGACCAACAAAAGGUCGCCCAGUUAUGUGAUUGUGGGUGAAAAUCCUAGAACCGAGCCACAACAAACCCCCACUAGUAAUAGCGGAUACGUGCAACAUCAGAGAUUCGAGAAGCAACCGACGCAACCAAGAGUCGUCGGGGCAACGUCAACGCCCACGUCGACGGACGAACGAUACAGCAAAGUCAGCGUCGCUCCCAACGCGGUUCAGUGAAGUCCUGAAGUUUUUUCUUCGCUUUCGUCUUAGUCUCAUUUUGUUCAGUUUUUUCAUUAACCUCUACGUUCGCGCGCGCACACGACCCAUCUGUAAAUUGUAAGUAAUCGGUGGGUUGAUUAUCGGUGUGCAACGCUCAGCCACGGACUCGUGUACUCGAGUGGCAACUUUUGUCCAUGACGACACCGAAAAACUACAUUUUUUAAGUUUUCUCUUUUAAGAAUGAAGAAAUGUCAUAAAUCCUACGUCCGAAGUGAUUUUAUCGGAUCGAGGUGUGAAUUGUAUCGAGCUUCGUAUCUCCCUUACUUUGGAGUCUUGCCGUAUAGCACGAAAUUAUAGGGAAUCGAGAAUCCAUAGGGCAGCGGGCUGGGGAGAGAAUUAGAUAAAUAUAUUGAGAGAAAAGAAAAAAAAACGCAAUCGUGAAUAGAAUUUAACAUUAAAGAGUCCACGAUGUUUGCCGUCGAAAACUGUAUUCCCUCCUUAAAAAAAUCUUGCGCGAAACAACGGAUACAAAGUGCAGUAAUGUUUGAAACGAGUUUGUUCAAAAACAAAAUGACUUUUCUUUUGUAAAAUAAUUAUUAAUGGCCGGCCGAGUUAUCAAUGGGGCGUUGUUAUACCUCAUGCACACAUUUUUCGAACGGUUGAGAAAGCAGAAACAUUUUGUUCGGAUUCUUCUGAACAUUCAAGUUUUUCUCCCUCUUUCUAUUAUCAAUCGCACUAUUCGUGACACUCGUUUAUUUAUGAUUUAAUGCGAAUCGAUCCUCCGAAAUAAUCAUUCUCAUAGCGUACCGUUUUAACCGCCCUAGAUAAAUAAAUAUUAUGUCAAAACGAGAGCGCGAUUGUAAUACUUAAUUUAAGGAAAUUUUGAAAUUUAGCGAAAAUAACAAAUGUUAGCAGCUGAGGUCACAUUCUGCAUGAUAAAAAUCGAAUGACACAUUUUGGUGAUUCGGAAAAACACUUUUUUCUUUUCUCCUUUUUUUUGCUCGUCGUUGUCCAAUUUGUUAUUUUUAUUACCGUUGAUUUCUUAACUAACGAAAAUGAUAGAAUUUACUGAUAAUUGUGAUUUUUUUCUUUGGGCUAUUGUGGAAUAUCGAUCAUUGGAUUUUUCUUAGCCUCAUUGAAAACAAUCAUGCGAUUUAAUUUAUUUCGCCCGCGCGUAAUAAUCGUGAUCGAACCUACGAGAGCGUGAUUGAAAUAAGUGAUUUGAGAAAAAUUUCAGGAUUUUGCAAAAUUGUUCAAAGUUGAGGUCACUAUUUGCAUGAUCAAAAUUUAAUGUCUCACAUUUCGGCGUUUUUAAUGAACAAUUUUUUUUUCCUUUUUUUGCUCGUCGUUGUCCAGUUUGAUAUUUUUAUUACCGUUGAUUUCUAAACUAAUGAAAUCCAUGGGAGUCACUGACAAUUGUGAUUUUUUCUUUUGGUCUAUUGUGAAAUAUCGAUCAUUGAAUUAUUCAAAGCUCCCUUUAAAACAUCCAUGCGAUCUAAUCGUAAAAUCAUAAAAUCGUAAAAUCGAAAUCAUGAACUCGAAGGGGCAAAUCUUAUAUAUUUAUAUACUUUCUUUUGCACAUGAAAAACAAAAUUGCGACGUUAGGUUAGUCACUAAAGGACAAGUUAGGAAUGUACAACUUUUUUUUCGGAAUAUUGAUGAAUCCAGAUGGAAAGAAAACUUAAAAAUGAUGAACGAAUAACGAAACAGCGAAUUUUUACAUGCUCGAUCGAAGACAGGGUUUAAAAAAACAACCGUUCACAUCGAUUUUUGUCUAAAUGUAUCUGAUGAGAACCAGAGUUAAUAGAAAAACGUAAACUGACUGUGAAAAAUGUUGAUUUAUUCUGGCGAACGAAGCUUCGUGUGCAAAACGAACAAAAACUGUGACAACAAUACGCCUCGAUUCAGGCCUAACGUUACGAUCGAUAUAGCAACACUAACUUUCAUCGAAUGAUGAAACUGCAUGCCAUUUUUGUGUUUUCUUUUUCUUUUGUUUUUGAGAUACUAAUGCGAAAAGAACCGAUGGAAAGAUAAAGCGUUAGAUUCUACGUAUGCAUAAUAUCUUAAGCUAGUCAUUGAAAAGAUGUACAUUCUUCUGUUUGGCCGGUCUUUUUUUUCCACUGAAUCUGUUACAGUUGCAAUAUCAAGUAGUUCAAUAGACGCACGUCUGUUUGCGCGAAAAUCACGAAUCAGAGCUCUUACUUUUCUAGCUCCCAUUCGGAGAAGUUACACAUUGAAAAUAAUUACGUUAAAAAUAUAAAAUAUAAGAUAUAAAUAGUUACAGUGAAAAUUACCGAGAACUCGUAGCGCCCGGAUGACUCAUUGCCUCGAACUCGUUAGACGGAUGAAACGAAAAUUUUUCCAUCGCGUAUAGCGUUUGUAAAUGGUAUUCGAAGGGACCAAAUGAAACGCGUUAUAUUUCGGAAUCAUAAUUCUUCGAAGAUUUCCUUUUUCUUUCGUUUCUCCAGUGAGAAAAUCAGUUUUUCUUGAAUUUCCAAAAAUAUUUUUUCCAUUAUUGAAUCAGCUGUGAACGGACGAAACGAAAAUGCCACAGAGCUCUUGAAUAAUCCGCCCGAGGGAAUAGAAAAAAAAAUCAAAUAAAGAUAGUCAAUUACAAAAGUUUAAUGAGAAACGAAGAAAGACCUGUCUGGAAUCGAGCUUACGUAUUGUUCACGUACGAAUUAAUGUAGAAAACUGAGAAAAUAUUUAUGAAUAUUAUUGAUAAACGUGUACGCUGGAGGUGGAUCAUUUUUCGUGGUGCAAAAAGACAACACGAAAAGAUGAAUGAGACCGAUGAAAUGGCGAAUGAAAUCGUAGUGAAAAAGGAAAGAAUAAAAACUGAGGGAUCCUUAGCCGCAAGAAUAUUGUACGCGAAUUCGUAUGUGUGCUACAAAGAAAAAUCGAGCACGAUCAUUCGACACUGUGAAUAGAGAGCUAUACGCAUGAGUUGAGCCUUGAUGAAACAACGUUUUUCGUUAAAUUUUCAUGACUCCAAUGAAAAGUACAAUGCGAUUGGAAAGCGAGAGUGAUAUCGAAAAUUGGAGAUGAAAUUUUGCCUUUGUACACAGAGAAAUAAGUUUGAAUUUAUCACUAAACAGUUUUUGUACGUUCGUUUGAAAAAUCGUGGAUAUUUUGCUUCGCAGCACACAAAGUACAGGAUAAUUAAAUGAAAUUCAGGUCUAAUGUGAACCUUGAUGCGGAAUUGCAUCUCUUAGGAUUUCAUAGAUUUUCUCGCUCUCCUUUCCCCUGCCCGACGACUAUCUCAUUGUACAUAAUUCUAUCAUCUCAUAUAUUUUUGUUAUAUAUUUAUAAAUAAAACGAGCGAAGUACUUUAGCGCACAUUUAAGCUAGAUAAAUAUAAUUGUAGUAAACUAAUUAAACGAAUAAUGCAUGAUGCAGAAGAUGAUGAUAAAAUUAACAAUGAUUAAUUAUUGUAAGAACGUGUUAUGCAGAGAGUAUAAUAGAAAGUUUUUCUAUCGUUAUAUGAUAAAUCACAGCACAGUGUCGCUCUCCAUGAUAAAUGAUAAAAUGAAAUUUGCUUUUGCGAUUCGGCCGAAAAUGAG